AUGCCUGGUUGGUUGAUUGUUACAUCUUGGGUUGCAGCAGCGUUGUCGUUUCUGAUUCUACCAGAACAACAGGCUUUGGCGUACUCGGCGACAUGUUGGUGCAAGAGGGGCCAUCAUCAUCAGGACCCUGCACACAAAAUGACGCGCGGUCCAAAAUCAGCCCGAAAGUGGGGAGUAGUGGAGCCUGUCCUUGGCGCCCACGGCCUCUUUCGAGUAUUUUUCCAAGACGAUGGGACGUUUCCCAACAAUCCCGACCAUCCCGUCAUGAUGGCAAAGGAUGCAUUUCGUGGGUCCGACCAAGAGGCACGACAUCUCCUGCAACAGGCAGCGUGGACGUCACCGUGGAAAUGGGGCAUUUUCCCGUAUCACCAUUACCAUUCGACGGCCUGGGAACUGCUCUUGUGCGUCCAAGGACAAGCCGAUAUUUUGCUGGGUGGAGAUGUGACAGGCACCAUGGUGACGAUCCACAAAGGAGAUGUGAUGCUGAUUCCACCCGGAGUCGUUCACAAACAAAUGCGGGAACAAGGAGGGUUUGCCUUGCUGGGGUCGUAUCCGAAAGAAGGGUGUUCCGGACCCGUGGAUACGGUGACAAAGAAACCCAAUCAACAGGAACGGCAAAAUAUUCUGGAUUGCGUAGCUCCUACGUUCUCGCCCAUUUUGGAAAUAGAUUUGAUGCAGUUCUAUCAAUAG